CAUGAUCUGAUCUGAUCAUAUCAUAGGGUUCAUACUUCACUUCAUAUGCACAUUGCGUUAUUUAGAUGCACAGUUGACAGUCGGUCUAGUCUACUCAGGAUCAGCUGGCGGUAGUUGUUGUCAAAACACAAAAGGAAAAAUUGAUUUUAGAGUUGGACGCCAAUCUGUCUGACAUAUUAUUAAAUCUCGAUUCUUAACGAUAUUAUUUAAUUAAAAGCUGUUACUACUGCUAAUUUCAAGUUAAGGAUGGCUAUUCUACCGGAAGAUCCUCAGGAUUUGAUUGAGUUUUUCUCCAAGAUUUUGAUAAAAAACGAGAUUUUGGAUGAAAUAAAGAACAUCUCGAGGAAAUCCUCCCAGGAUGGGGACGGAUUAGGGCAUGGAGGAAAAGAGUUUGUAACGAUCGAGUUUAAAGAGGAGGGGAAAAUCCCAUUAGAAUUAUUUCUCAAAAAGCGGCCACCCACUUCGACCGACGCCAUACUUUUCGACAAGGAGGUCUUUUUCUACGCCGUUUUUCUCCCUGAUGCACUCGCGUUUGUUGAACAAAAGGAUGAAUUCAAGGAGAUACCGCUGGCUGAAAUGUUUGCAAAAUGUUAUCAUGCUGACACCGAUAUUAUCUUGUUGGCGAAUGUGCUUAAAAACGGAUUCGUAAUGACACCAGUUAAUCGUCCUCACACAUUCUACCAAGCAGAGCAGGUGUUUGAGAAACUUGGCAUGUUCCAUGCGGUGACAUAUGUCAUGAUCAAGGAUUUGGGAGUUGAUGAAUUUCGAAAGAAAUAUUCACCACUUGCUGAAGAAGCUGUAUUCUUGCCAGAAAAAGCAAAUGUUCAUAUUAAACAUUGGGAAACCACGCUGGAAAUGAGUUUAGCAGUAUUAAAUGAAACGAAAACCCCAGUGGAGGGAUUGGAGUAUGCAGUAAAUUUUUUAGAAAAAUAUAAAGGCAAAAUUUUCGGAGAAUUAUGCGAACAAGUCAAGUCCAGAAAUGAAGACAUGUUGACUACACUAAAUUUUGGAAAUGUUUGGAAUGGAAACAUAUUUGUUUUGAAAGAUGAAGAAAAGAAAUCUUAUCCAGGUGCAUUGCUUAUUGAUCCAAAGAUGACCCGUAUCGGAUCUCCUCUUCUGGACGUCUCAUGCUACAUGUUUUCAUGCGUGGCAGAACACGUUCGAUUAACAAAUUAUAAAUACUUGUUGGACGUAUUUUAUGAGUUUAUUCGAGAUAAAUCAGAAGAAUUAGGAGAGGAAUUCGAAACUUUUGCUGUGCAGUUUGACGACUUGAAGGUGCUAUAUAUAGGGAAAUCGUUGUAUGGAAUCUUCUGUGCCAUCAAUUUUCUCCUUGAAAAGUGUUACCGCAAGCCACAAGGGAUUGCGGAAGAUGAUUUUAAUAUGGAAAAAUUUGUCAAUUGGCUGCAGGAAAAUCCAGAACUCAACGAUACAAUGGCGAUUGAAAUUUCUUCCAAAAUCAAUCAAUAUGAGCGUUAUCUCCAAGAACUAACAGAACUAGAAUGAAGCAUACGCCAAAGAUAUUAAAACCAAAUCCCUAUUUCUCAUUCUAUGUAUAUAUUACUAGUAGAGUAGCAGUAGUACCGUAUUUAUAGAAUAGUAUUCAAAUUAAGGGUGCUUUGAUGUCAACAUAAUGUGAUUUAGUAACAAUUACGAGAUGGGAACAACCUCAACAAGUAAAUACUCGCUUGCCAAUGGGACCAAAGAUUUAUUUGCUCAAUAUUAUCUAUUAUGAAUUAAUAUGAGUAUGUAUGUAUUCGUAUUCCAUAUUUACUGGUUUUGUUCAACCACAAGUAUUAUUUUGUAUUAACCUUUGUUAAUUUUACAACCAUAGUUUGGUUAACUGUGAGCAAUUUUAGAACCGAAAUGUAAUAAAUAUUUAAGUGCUUAGCAUUCUUAU